GCCAAGAUGGCGCCGAAAGCGAAGAAGGAAGCUCCUGCCCCUCCCAAAGCCGAAGCCAAAGCGAAGGCCUUGAAAGCCAAGAAGGCAGUGCUGAAAGGCAUCCACAGCCAUAAAAAGAAGAAGAUCCAUACGUCACCCACCUUCCGGCGGCCCAAGACCCUGCGGCUCCGGAGGCAGCCCAAAUACCCUCGGAAGAGUGCGCCCCGGAGAAACAAGCUUGACCACUAUGCCAUCAUCAAAUUCCCUCUGACCACUGAGUCAGCCAUGAAGAAGAAAGAAGACAACAACACACUUGUGUUCAUUGUGGACGUCAAGGCUAACAAGCACCAGAUCAAACAGGCUGUGAAGAAACUCUAUGACAUUGAUGUGGCCAAAGUAAACACCCUCAUAAGGCCUGACAGAGAGAAGAAGGCGUAUGUUCGGUUGGCUCCUGAUUAUGAUGCUCUGGAUGUUGCCAACAAAAUUGGGAUCAUUUAAACUGAGUCCAGCUGGCUAAUUCCAAAUACACACUUUUUCACCAUAAAAAAAAAAA